UGUGUGUUAGGGGCGGUCGCCCUGAGCGUGUGCCGGGAGUAGACGCGGAUGCGGACGCUGGCGCGUGUUGGAGGUUGCGGUGGGACUACGCGCCGUGACUUCCUUGGCUGUACGUUUUGCUGCUGGCUCUGGUAACGCAGCCGGUAGCCUCAAGCAAGAGACAGGAUUUCGGCCCCGGAAGCGCGGAUCUGAGGGGAGAGGGGACUCGGGCCCUGGAGCCCGCGGUCUGACGCAGGAGACCGCCCUGUCCGGCUCUGGGAGAGCAGCCGGAGCGCCGCGAAGUGGAGAGCAAGGGUCCUCACCCCUUCAGCGCCUCGCGUCCGGAGGGACGGGGAGGCCAGAGCCCGAGGUCGGAAGACAUCUCCCGCCGGCUUGGCCCCCCGGCCAUUCCGCCCCCAGCCUUGGCCGUUCUCCUGCGGACAUGACUGCGGACCGGCCGUGGCUCGCCGUGCGGGAGGCGCUCAGGCGGUGCUUCCCCGCCGUGGAGGAGCAGCAGGGGCUGUGGCAGGGCGCCCUGCGGGACUGCCAGCCCCUCGUGGCCGCGCUCAGCAACCUGGCCGAGCAGAUUCAAGCCUCGCAGAGCGUGCGCUUCGAGGACGUGCCGGCGCUCCGGGCCUUCCCCGACUUGCAGCGGCGGCUGAGGCGCAAGCAGCUGGAGGCGGGAGACGCCGUCCUGGACAAGCUCGGGGAGAGGCUAGCCGCCCUCCUCAAGGUGCGCGACACGGUCAGCAGCCACGUGGAGCGAGUGUUCCAGGUGUACGAGCAGCACGCGGACACACUCGGCCUGGACGCCGUCCUGCAGCCCUCAGCGGCGAGCCCCUCCGUGGCUGACAUGUUAGAAUGGUUGCAAGACAUGGACAGACAUUACCGAAACUCAAAGGUACCUGAAGAGAAAGGACCUCCUCUCCUCCAUCCAGUGGGGAGACUUGGCCAGCAUCCAAGCUUUGCCCAAGGCCUGGGACCGAAUUCCAGAAGAGGAACACCAAGAGCUCGUGCAAGAUGCGCUGUUGAAUGUUUCGUUCUUCCUGGAAGAGUAAGGAAGCUGUGUGUUUCGCUGGAGAAAGGGGUGGGGGCGAGGCACCGAGGUCUCAGACUGACACUGCUCUGCCCUGCGGUUUCUCGGGAAACGCCAGCAAUGCGGGGAGACCUAGCUGCAGGGCCAAGGCCUGGAGCCGAGGUCUGGGUUUGCGGAGCACUGGGGCUUCUCCACACGGCACACGGCUGAGACUCUGGGCCAGGCUUGCUGUUUGCUGAGGCUCAGGGAAGUGGACGGAGGUCGAGAGCGAGCAGGAAAGGCAUAGCACAAGAACACGGCGUCGGUGUCUCCUUCCUAAGGCGCAGAGCGGCAGGGAGGGAGAGGACUGGGUACCUGGGGCAGCAUCCGAAGCACCAAGUCUGGUGGACGGCAGGCCCUGGGCCCAUGUGACUGUGUCAGUAACUGACUCACGGGCACAAGGAGGGUGGUGGUGAUGACCUAAAGAAAUAAAGGUGCUGUUGAUGGAAAACAUUUAAAA